ACAGUUGUGUUGACUUCAAAUCGAUUGUUAUUAAUAUGUUUAAAUAAAGAGAUUGUAAAUUGCGUCAGAUAUCGCGUGGAUAUUAUUAUUGUAGUUGUAGGAUUUAUUGCUAAUAUACAGUUUGAAAUAUAAAAUUUUGCAUCUAUGCAAACAUUCGUAGAAAGUUGAUCUCUUAUUGGUUACCUCGUAGCUCAUGGAAACAAGCAUCUGUUUAUUUUAAGUUGGCGAGCGAAUAUUGAGCAAACAAGCGCGUGUAUUCGAUAUUUUAGAAUGACAGAAGGUGUCCACUGUCGUUGCCUUCUUUUUCGCUCUCCUUCAGCAUACAGAUAUCGUUGUUUCGAGCGUACAACGUGCCGCGAUGUAAAUCAAAAUCCUCCCGGAUUUACAUAAUUUAUCUGUGCAAAGCGUAUCGCUUAUUUAUAUCGUUAAAGCUCACAACACAACAAAUAUUCGUGCACGGAGAGAACAAAUAAUGAAUGACAAAUAUUCGGAGUUUGCGGAAGACGCGGAAGAGCCGUCCGUUACAUCGUCGGAUCCAAAUGAGCGGAAAUUAGCGCGCCAACUUCGUAUUAAGCGGCGUCUAGAGAUGCUAACCAAACAGACACGCACUGAAGAAGAAGAAGUUGUUGAAAGGACUCUCACCGAGAAACAGAUCUUUACCAGUUCUGAUCUCUUGGAGAAAUUAUUAAUUGAAGGGGAUGAAGUGAUAUCUUGUGUAAAAGUCGCAAAUGAUGCCAGAGAAUUACAACGACGAGGAGAACAGCAGAAGAUUAAAAAGGUAUUACUGCAAAAACUUGAGGAGGAUGAUAAGGAGUGUACAAGAAGAUAUAAAGAGAUCAAUGACAAAUGGUCGAGUAUUCUGGUGUCUAAAGAUCCAUUGGAUAUACACGCAGAGAUGGAAGUUCAAAAUGUUAAGUGUUUGGAAAUUAUGGUGAGAAAAGACGCCGUUAUUGCUGAGUUGCGACAAGAAUUGGAAAACGCUGAUCUUCAAUUCAUCAAUGAUCAAAAGACUCAGAAUGAGGACAUAGAUUUACUGAUCGAUAGGAUGGAUAAACAAAUUAAUCUUAUGAUUAAAGCCUACCGUCGCGAACUGUCGCUCAUCAAUAGAGUGAUCGACUCGGAGCGUAAAGUACUACUGGAAAAUAUCAUGGAGAAAUGGGAAGCACUAUACAAGAAGUUAAAAGAGAAUAGUCUCGCAGGAUUAGAUAAACGGAAAGAAAUAAUGCGCAAUUACGAAGAGGAGAUGAAAAAAGUCAUAAUCGAGAACCAGGAAGAGUAUCGUGCUCAAAAGAUUACUUUUGAGCUGGAGAUUCAGAAGCUUCAACAAGAGGUGCAGAACACGAAAGCUUUAUGCUUCAUGAAUAUCGAGAAGCUAGAUUAUAAUUAUGCUGUGCUUAAACGCCGAGAGGACGAGAAUGCCAUAGUAAAAAAUCAGCAAAAGAGGAGACUCAAUAAACUUCAAGAUGUCAUUAAUACUUUGAGGAAGGAUUACGCGGAGUUAGAAGAGAACACAAGAACUGAAAUAGAAAAACUUACUGAUCAGGUCGUAAAAGCUCGUAAAAAUAUUUUUGAUUUGGUAGAGAAAUCAAGUCACUUCACGAACAUUAAUGACAAAAAAUACAUGCAAAUUUGGGACAUGAACAUGAAACACGCAAAUGAAUUGCUCGAUAAGAUUUUAGCAGCUGAUAAAGUUAUAUAUGAACAAGCGUUAGGCAUGGAAUGGAGUUUACCUAAAGAAACUUUAUUGAGGAAAGAAGAUCUGCCGUCCUACUGUAGCGUGAUGUGUACCAUUGAAGAAGAAAACAGGUUGGCUGUCGAAAAAAGAUUAAUAAAUAAAUCUUAUAAGCCGGCCAGCACUAUUGAAGAAAUCAAUUUGGAAAGACGAUUAUUGAAUCAUAUAAUAAAGCUGAUCGCCGACCGUUGCGAUUAUUUGAUCGAAGAUAAAUUGCUGCAGUUGCUUUUGCCUUACACUGCAAAUGAUCAGUUAGUCAUACGAUUGGAUAAUGUAUUUCAGGCACUAAAUAUUAAAUCUGAAGAGACACUUGGUUUCCUCUUAAAUUUCUUUUUACCUUACGCAUAUUGUCCCAUAUGCAUGGGCAAAGAUAAGAGCGAAUCGAUUUGUGACGAAUCUACGAAAUCGUCCUCUUCAAAAACGAGUAUUGAGCAAAUAGAUAUCUGCGGUUCUCCUGAGGAAUUCACAGAGGAUGAAGCUAAAUUGAUCGCCGCCGUGAAAGAAGCAAUCUGUGACGAAAAAUCAUCCACUCCUUACGAUGCACGUAUUAUAAGUACUUCAUCUCGAAGUUCUUUAAGUGAAACAUUACUUCCUAUCGCGGAAUGUACUUCAAUUUCUGUCAACUCUGUUAGCGACAUUACUAAAGAUGAUGAUCAAAUGCAACAACGUUUACUGUGCGAUAGAGGACAUCUACUGGAAAUCGAAACAACAUUCGUCAUAAAGGCCUUGCAGGAAUUAUUAGAAAGGUAUCACUUUGUCAAAGAGAUACCACAGACUUUUCAGGAAAAAUUAACAGCAAAGAAGGCGAUUAUAUCCCGAAAUAUGUCUAUCGAAGAUGUAACAAAUUUUUGGAAGCGAUACAGCGAAAUCUUCUCGGUAAAGAAAGAGCGACUCUGGGAUGGCUUAUUGGUCGGGCUAAAAAAGUAUCACGAAAUAUUGAAGGAACGACAUCAGCUAAACAUUGAGACAGAGUCAUUACGACGACAAAAUGCGGAAUUACGUCGUUUAUUGAAAACAUAUGUGAUCGAGGUAGUAUAUAGAGCUUCUUUUCUUAACAUAUAUUACACUUUCACUGCGUUUUUUUUAAAUUAAAGAAAUAUAUAUGUACGAAAUAUAUUAACGUACUAAGCGGAAGAAGAGAAAAAAGAAACAUUAAAAAAAAGAAUAUUUAAAUUAUAGUCAAGCUUAUCAAUUAUUAUCUAUUCUUUUCAGCCUGGAAGCGACAGUUUAUCGCAAGACGACGUACAGCUAGUUUGUGAAAUGACAGAAUAGUUCGAAUAAACAGGCUUUAAUUUAUGACUCAUUAAAUUUAGUGUAUAAGUCUUGAGACAAUCCAAAUACAGCAUAUAUAUAUAUAUAUAUAU